AGCACUAUGAUUGUUAACUGGCACGUCUUGAAGUCAGGUACACAAACAGGUAACACAGCUAGCUCUGUUCGUGUGUGCUUAUCCUGAGUGCAGUCAGUUAGUGCUACCUUACGUUGCAAGAUAAAACGGAUGUCUUCAAACCAGUCCUCUCCCUUCCAUGUUCAGACAAAAAAACAGUGGCUAGUCAACGUCUACGUACAACUUCCUUUUAUCUGCAACUCGCAGUCUUCACGCAUACCGGCGGGUAUUUUUUCUUCUUGAUUGGAACAUUCGAGUUUAAAGCACCUGCAGAACAAGGGGCGCCAGGCUAAGUUUUUUCAGCCCUGUGUUUGACUGAGCGACGCAUCAAUUGUUGGACCAAUCCAAAGAUGGAAUAACCAUGCAGACUCACACUGACGCCUCCACUCGUUAGCACCUUGUUGCAGCAUACAUAAUGCCAGGUGGCAGGCAGUCCGCCAUUCAUCCGAUGUGGCGCCUCCUGUUGCCUUUUCGCCAUCGCCAGGAGCGAGUGGUUCUGGCCCGGAGCGAGAGCCUGCCAGGGGAGCAGGUUCUUAAGAUCACAGUCACAGAGACAACUGUGAUAGAGGCGGAGUCCGGGCUGUGGAACUGGCGCUCCUUUACUUACCUGGGCCUAUGGUACUGCUUCAGCUUUAGCACCCUGUUCCUUAACAAGUACAUAUUGUCUCUGCUAGAGGGGGAGCCCAGCAUGCUAGGUGCAGUUCAGAUGGUCUCCACCACUGUAAUAGGCUGCCUUAAGAUGUUUGUGCCUUGUUGUCUGUACCAGCACAAGUCAAGAAAUGAGUAUCCCCCAAACUUCAUCAUGAUCAUGCUGUUUGUUGGACUAAUGAGGUUUACCACAGUGGUGUUGGGCUUGGUAAGCCUGAAGAAUGUGGCUGUGUCUUUUGCAGAGACAGUGAAGAGCUCAGCACCCAUCUUCACCGUCAUCAUGUCCAGGCUGAUUCUUGGAGAGUACACAGGGCUGUGGGUGAACCUGUCCCUUUUCCCUGUCAUGGCAGGCCUGGCCCUCUGCACUGCUACAGAGAUCAGCUUCAACAUGCUCGGUUUUUCUGCUGCUCUGUCUACUAAUAUCAUGGACUGUUUGCAGAAUGUAUUCUCCAAAAAACUGCUUAGUGGAGACACAUACAGGUUCAGCCCUCCAGAACUGCAAUUCUAUACUAGUGCUGCAGCUGUUAUCAUGCUCAUACCUGCCUGGGUGUUCCUCUUGGAAAUCCCAGUGAUUGGAAAAAAUGGGGAGAGCUUCAUCUUCAGUCAAGACAUAAUUCUGUUACUGCUUUUUGAUGGCUCACUAUUCCACCUGCAGAGUGUCACUGCCUAUGCUCUCAUGGGACGGAUUUCCCCAGUUACAUUCAGUGUUGCCAGUACUGUCAAACACGCCUUGUCUGUCUGGAUGAGUGUCAUUGUGUUUAGUAACCACAUCUCCAUCCUCAACGCCACUGGCACCGUCCUCGUGUUCAUAGGGGUCUUCUUUUACAACAAGGCCAGGCAGAGCCAGAGGAAAUCUUUACAGGCCAUGGCUGCUGAGCAUAACCACAGGCCAGUACUGCAGGAGCAGGACUUCCAAGCCCCUCAGACUCGAUGAGGAAUCACAACUUUAAGACUGAAUUACUGCCUGACAGGAAUAAGUUCUGUUCAUGAACUUGUUGCCAUCAAGGCUGGAUGCCUUGGUAUAUGGUUGUUCUCUACCAUGCACAUCUUACACUAAUUUUUCUUUUCAGGUUUCAUUAAGUGCCAAUGUUAAGUCUUCAAGCUUAAAGUAAACUUAAUUGACUGACUUUGUAGAGGUAUAUCUGUUUGAUAGAGCCAUCAUUUAUCCAGUGGAACAAUCUUUUCAAUACUUAUUUGUCCCUUACCUGUACAUUUUUGCAUGAGGCCCUGUUUAAACUUGGUAUCAACAUUCAUGCUAAGUGAUCUCAUCAAAGUGGACAGCAUAAAUACAGUUGUGAACACAUCCUGGAUGCAUUCAGGGAGCAUUAAGAUAUGAUCGCCCACCGUACGUUCUGUUGUGGUCUUGUUCAGAUAUGUGCAUCUAGUGUUAACUGUAAGCUUGAGAACUGCUCAGACAGCUAGAGAAAUACCCUGAAAGUCCAAUAUUAGAAUUCCCAAAUCCACCCCACACCAUUAAUAAACACAUUUACAAUAUGAAAAAAUAUAUUUUUGUCCAUAUAGAUGUUUUUUUUAAUGUUCAUUUGACACCUGUUAAGGCAAGUCACUCCAAGUAACAGGUGGAUCCUGCAGGCUGUCUGCUAUUUAUCAGUAAAGCCACUUUUAUAAAUGAGCUUAUCUUUUUGGCUGUUUGUGUAUGGUUGAGGGAUGUUGCUUCAAUACAUGGGGCUCCUGCAUUUGCUAACUGAGCUAAACCUGUGCCUCUGAAUUUUAUGGCGUGUGAAAUUCUAAUGUUACGUUUUUAGUCUAGCACAAAGUGGCUGGUAGAAGAGUUUACUAAGCUAGCUAUCACCACGUGUAGAAUCUCACUACAGGAAUCAAACUAGAUAGAACGUGACCAUAGGUAGACUUUGUGAAGUCUCACUGGCUACAUCUGUUUUUAUGCCACUGGGACACCUUAAAGGUCUGUCUAGCUCUUUUCACAUCCACAACAAUGAUCUUUAGGCUUUACUCCACCAGAUAUGUUGUAAAGGACACAUAAUGUAAUUAGUUGAUCAUUGAAGGUAAACAGUCACACUUAAACUGUCUACUUGGGAUUGGAUCAUCAUGAUAAUACCAUGUUUUCAACAGGGUCUUUGUCAUUCUUAAUCCUUUAAUUUUUGAAACAUUGAUAGAAGGGGGCAAAGAAUCAGCUCAGGGUGUCCUUCAGAUUUUUGUUGGGCCUUUUUAUUUGCAUUUGUGUGUGCUGGGUUUUCACAGAGGGCACAGCAGAUGUUGAGUGUAUAUUGUGAAUAUAAAGCAUUGAUGCUUUUAUUUUAGUGAUGGUGUUAACCUCACUGUAUUACAAUGCAUUGAAAAUCUUGUUAACAUCGUACUAUGAGAUGUUAAAAAGGCCUGAGGUUUUAAACCUCUUUUAAGGCUUAACCAGCGAAAGCUUGGCAGCCAGCCUGGCAGUUGACUCUUUUUAAAAAAUGUGUUGAGCAUUUGAAAUUUCUAUAUUGCAUUCCAGGAAUGCUCACCCAUGUGCUCAUAAUGUACUGUUGUUUGGUGUUUGUGGGGCUUUAUGGACUGUACUUUUCUCUGUUUUUCAAUGACGACUAACUUUCUCCCAGAUCUGUGCUUUGUUAUCAGCCCCAGCAAUCCUGAACAGAAGGGAUGCAUCAUGGAAUGAAUGAUCCAAUCUUGUAGUUAAUGCUAAUUUAACAUGUUAAACCUGUUUAAAAAUGAGACAAAUUAUACCUUUUUCAUUCCAUAAGUUCA